CUAAUAACAGGACUGUAGCCGUUGGUUUAUCAGGAACGCUGAGCGUAGUAAACUCUUGAGGAAAGGAACUCAAGUGGAUGAAUUAUAUUGCUCCUCAUGGAAAAGAUGAAAAACUUCUUCCUGGCUAUCCUGGCUACUGGUUAUCUCUCAUAUGUUUUGGGUAAGCAAGUAUUUAAGACUAUUUCAUGCCACCAUUAUGAAGAAGAAAAUGAACAGCAGCAACACAUAUGCUCCAUACGAGUCAGCCCAUUGUGCGCCUCUAACAACGUCACAUACUCUAAUUCCUGCGUGUACUGCUUCGCCAAUAUAGCAUUGAAUCAUACUCUUACAAUUCAACAUGGAGGAAUGUGCAGCAAACCCCCCAAAUCUUGAAUAUUUCUUCAUUUAUCACGAGUGAGACCAUUUGAACUAAGCAUCGUCUUUCCUUCAUAAAGCAGAAUUUAUUGUAUUGUCUUAUUUUUUCUAAUCAAUAAAUAUUACCC